AUGACAGCCGAGCCAGAAUCCAGGGUGGGGGAGGGAGCCGCCGAUCCACCUGGAGGUGGAGAGGGCCGGCGGCAGGCCCACGAGGAGACGGCAACCGGGGGCAGGGGCGGUGACUUGAGGACCACGUCCGUACCCGAAGGAGGUGAUGUCGUGAUGGCGAGCCUGGGAGUGAGGCCGUCUACGACGCCGACGCCGGUGACGCCUGCGCCGCAGGCGGCGGGCUCUCCACACAACAAGCGGCCAACCGUCAUCAUAUACCCAACUGUGUCACCGGAGACGGUGGUGAUCCCGAUCGUGUCGUGCAUCCUGGGCUUUCCGCUGCUGGCGCUGCUCGUCAUCUGCUGCCUGCGUCGGCGCGCCAAGCUAGCACGUGAGAGGGCGCGGCGCCGCGCGGGGAACUGUGAAGGUGACGGCGGAUCGAUGUCACUGGUGCGGUUCAGUCCAGUAACCAAAUUAGGGUCGGACCGUUCGUCGCGAGCCGUGAGCCUGAGGAGCGAGAGGGCGCUCAGCCGUGGUUUCCCCUCGCUGGAGCUGGACACCGUGGUGGAGGAACGCUCGGACCCCGAGACCACGGAGAUCGCAGACACCUAACUCCA